AUGCCUAGCAUUGCCGGAAAGAUUCAUGGCAUACAUGAGCAGGUAGCACGACGUGAUGAAGCAACGGUUCCUCACCCCGCUCUGAUUGAGGAGUACCAGCCGACACCUGAGCCUGAAGAGCCAGAAUUCAUCCCGGUGUCAAAGCCUCCCUCCAGACGCGGCUCCAAGCUUAACGAUGAAUGGACCAAUAACCCGAAUGCGCGCGCGCGACGCAUCGUAGAAAGAUACAGGACCACCAGCGAAGCUCGUGAAAGGAUCAAACAAGAGCUCGGUGAGCCGGAGUACGCCUUCCGCGACACCGAGAUCCGCGAUGGCCUCUGGCAGAUUAUGGACAAGAUGGAGCGCUUCGCUACGAAGUUCUUCAGUUUCGAAUCCAACGACAAAGAUAGAUUGACACGCAGUUUCCGCCUAAUGACGCCGGAGACAAUCAAGGUCAUUGGGUGCGUUGCAUCAGGUGGCCCAGGGGGUCAAGACGGCUGGCGCGACUUGUUCUUCGAUGAGCAGCAACGUCGCGCGCUUGUAUGCGCUAUCAUUGGCAACGUGCUCGUCGAGCAAGUCUUCCAGCACGCCUUCUUCGGCGGCACCAUGGCGGACUUCGAAACACUCUCCACCUUGCAAGAACGGCUUAGGGAUGAAGACGGCAACGCCUACGCGAAACACAUCCAAUCCGUCGUCUUUGGGUCAAGCAGCACAGUGAUCAAACCCACUACCACCCUCCGCCUCCCACCCAACUUCUCCGCCCACGUCAACAUCAUCGUAGCCUCCAUCUUCACGCACAUCGAGCCAAUCCUGCGCCUCAAACAACACAAUCCCUCCAACUUCGCGACCGAAAUAUAUCCUGCGCUCUACGACCUCGUCGCCUCCGCGGGCAUCCUCUCCCUGCACAUGCGCGUCGACCCGCACACAGUGUACUACUUCACCCCCGUAUUCAAAGAAGACAACUUCCGCGGCAAAUACAUGGAGAGCUUCAACCACGCGCACAUGGUAGCUACGCACCCGCGUGACCGCAAGACCUGGCCUCCCCACGUCAGCGAAGACGAAAAGCGCCGCGCGCAGAACGACGACGCGCUCACCCAAAUCACCAUCAUGGACGGCGUGACUGCGUACCGCGUUGGCGGGUGGGAGACGUCUGAGAGCGACCCGUGGCGGGUGCGGUAUGCGGAGGGGAGCGAGGCGAAGGGGAUUAGGAGCCGCAUACUGACGCAUGGGUGGGUGUGUUGUCGGUGGGGGAGGGCGAGGAGGUUUGUGGACGGCCGGCCGAAGGAUGAUCCGAAGGUCCAUGGCGCGGCGUGGAAACAUCCUGGCUUUGUUGAGUUUAGGGAUGUGGAGGGCGUGGGAUGGGGGGAAGAGGGGCUCGGGAGGAAGGGGAGCGGUGCGGCUCGGAGGAGCUCUGGCGGAUCGAGAAGGGCGUAG